CGACGGAUUUGCGCCUGAAUGAGCCGCGGUACGCGUCGCUGCCCAACAUCAUGAAGGCGAAGAAGAAGCCGCUCAAGACUGUCUCGCCCGCGGACCUCGGCGUCGAGGUUGCCCCCAGGCUGCAGACUAUCAAGGUCACUGAGCCGCCGAAGCGCCAGGGCGGCAAGAUCGUUGAGAGCGUCGACGAGCUGCUGAGCAAGCUCCGCACCGAGGCCAAUGUGCUGUAAAGCUGGGGAGGGAUAUCACUUUCUAUUUCACAAGGAAAAAAUACAUCCUUUUUCCACCCCCUUUUUCCCCUCUUUUUGCUUAUCGCUAUUUAGGUAAAUUUCAUAAUGCAUCCUCAGCUGGCAGACCAUUUGAACCCUGGGUGCGUGGACCUGGUCAACCGCCUGAUGAACUGCCAUGCCGACCACCGGUUUGCCAAGUUCUUUGGCAAAUGCAAUGCGCUCAGCGAGGCGCUGAACGCCUGUCUCGGUGCCGAGUUCGAGGUGCGCCGCAAGAAGCAGCUGAUCGAGGCGCGCGCCCGGCGUACCAAGGUCCAGGAGAAGUGGGAUCGGCUCAAGGAGGACGACCGGCAGCAGGCCGAGUUCGAGCGCAUGCAGAAGGCUCAAUAGGUGGUAGAAUUUUAUGUGCAAAAGAAAGUAUAGAAAAAAUAGGACCAACGCCUAUUUGUGUACAGUACGAG